AUGGGACCAUUCCGAGGAGGACGUGGAGAUUCGAGAGGAGGAGGUGGUGGUAGUCGCGGUCGGGGCGGCGGAGGAGGAGGUUUCCGUGGUCGUGGAGGAGGAGGUGGAGGAUUUCGAGGCGGUGGUGGUGGCCGAGGCAAUCGAGAGCCCGAAGGUCCUCCUGAAAGUGUUGUUGAACUUGGAACAUAUGCUCAUCCAUGUGAAAGUCAACUUGUAUGCAAGGCAACAAACGACAUGAUUCCAUAUUUCAAUGCUGGCGUAUUUCUUGAAAAUAAACAGCAAAUUGGUAAAGUCGAUGAAAUUCUUGGUCCAAUGAAAGAAUAUUGGUUUUCCGUAUCACUUUUGCAAAAUAUGAAUCCAACUUCGUUCAAAAAGAAUGAGAAAGUUUUCAUUGAUCCAAACAAACUGUUACCAUUAGCUCGAUUUUUACCACGACCACCAGGCACAAAACCAACUGGAGGUCCAGGUGGUGGUGGAAGAGGUGGUCGAGGAGGAGGCGGCGGCGGUAGAGGAGGAUUCCAACGUGGAGGCCGUGGUGGCGGAGGCCGAGGUGGUGGAGGUGGUUUUCGAGGUCGAGGUGGAAGCGGUGGCAGCCGUGGUGGCGGUGGCUUUCGAGGCGGCCGAGGACGUGGAAACUGA